AUGAAGAUAGAUAAAAAACAAAUAGGAUGUGCCCUGAUGGGUAAAAGAAUCAAUUACAGGGUGACCAUAUAUGAUAAGUUCCCAAAAAUAUACAAUAUUUUUGUGAUUGGGUUUACUUCAUGUAUAUCUGGUCUAAUGUUUGGUUUUGACGUUUCUUCAAUGUCAUCUAUGAUCGGUACUGAUGGUUAUAAAGAAUAUUUUGGUACGCCGGGUCCCACUGAACAAGGUGGUAUUACAGCAUGUAUGCCAGCAGGUUCAUUUGUUGCGUCAUUAAUUGCACCAUAUUUUUCUGAUAAUUUUGGCAGAAGAGUUUCGCUUCACCUUUGUGCAAUAUUUUGGAUGAUUGGUGCUGUUUUACAAUGUGCUUCUCAAGAUUUAGCAAUGCUUUGUGUAGGUCGUGUCGUUUCAGGUCUGGGUAUUGGAUUUGGUUCUAGUGUUGCACCUGUUUACUGUUCUGAAAUAGCACCUCCAAAGAUUAGAGGUGCUAUUGGUGGUCUUUUCCAAUUUUCUGUUACUCUAGGUAUUAUGAUAUUAUUUUUCAUUGGUUAUGGUGCUCAUUUUAUUAAUGGUGCAGGUUCAUUUAGAUUAACUUGGGGUAUUGAGCUGGUACCAGGAGCUUGUCUGUUAAUUGCAGUUUUUUUCUUACCUGAAUCACCACGUUGGUUGGCAUUGCAUGAUUAUUGGGAAGAAGCUGAAGAUAUUGUAAUUAGAGUUGCUGCAAAGGGUAAUAGAGAAAAUGAACAAGUUAUGAUUCAAUUAGAAGAAAUUAGAGAACAAGUGGAAAUCGAUAAAGAAGCCGAGGCCUUCCAACUAAAGGAUCUAUUUAGACCAAAGACAAGAGUAAAGACCAUGGUCGGUAUGAUGGCACAAAUGUGGCAGCAAAUGUGCGGUAUGAACGUCAUGAUGUAUUACAUCGUUUACAUCUUCACGAUGGCUGGUUUCAAGGGUGGUGCCGUUUUGGUUUCGGGUUCUAUUCAAUACGUUUUGAAUGUCGUUAUGACUAUUCCUGCACUCUUCUUAAUGGAUAAAUGUGGUAGAAGACCUGUUUUACUUAUCGGCGGCUUACUUAUGUGUGCAUGGUUAUUUGCGGUUGGUGGUUUAUUGGCUACUUAUUCAGAUCCUUACCCCCAUGGAUUUGAAGGAGAUGAGACGGUUAGAAUUGCAAUUCCUCAAUCAAAUAAACCUGCCGCCAAUGGAGUUAUUGCCUGCUCCUAUUUAUUUGUUUGUUCAUACGCACCAACCUGGGGUGUUUGCAUUUGGAUUUACUGUGCUGAAAUUUUCAACAAUACGGAAAGAGCUAAAGGUUCAGGUCUUUGUACAGCAGUUAACUGGAUCUUUAAUUUUGCGCUGGCGUUAUUUGUUCCUUCCGCUUUCAAAAAUUUGACUUGGAAGACUUAUAUUAUGUUUGGUGUCUUUUGUGUCGCAUUAACAAUUAAUACUUUUUUACUGUUCCCUGAAACUAAGGGUAAGACUUUAGAAGAGAUUGAUCAAAUGUGGGAAGCUCAUAUACCCGCUUGGAAGACUCACAGUUGGGUUCCAACCAUACCAAGUGCAAGUAAAUUCGAUCAAGAAAUGCACAAGACUGAUUUGGAACACGUUGAAGAUACCGGAGAUUCAGAUAGAAUUUCACCUAAGGACGACUCCGAAAAAGGUUCGGUAACUGGCCUAGAAGAAGUUGCAAAAUCUAAUCCUAAUUCCACCUCGUUGUCCGAGUAA